GUUGCUUCACACUGCGCAAGCGCGGAGAUCCAGAGUUUAGGACUACAUUUCCCGACAAGACCUGCGACACACCGCUCCUCCACGGCGCCCCCUCCCAUUCCGGAGCUGGGGGAGGGAGGUUGCCCGGGCCGGACCCGGCAGCGGCCCCGAGCGGGCGGGCUCGGGCGAGCAUGGGGGGCUGCCUUUCCUCGCAGGCGGCCGAUGACCUGUCGCUGCUCAACGACUCUACCGGCGAUGGGGCGAGCCUUGGGCCUGGGGAUUCAUCUCCACCGCCCAUCCCUGUCCCGCCGCCCCCCUACCAGGAACAUGCACCAAUUCCAGUAUAUCACCCUACGCCCAGCCAGGCACGUCUUGCCACGCAACUAACAGAAGAGGAGCAGAUCCGUAUAGCUCAGAGGAUUGGGCUGAUUCAACAUCUUCCCAAAGGAAUAUUUGAUCCAGGCACAGAGCCAUCGGAAAAGAAAAUCAAAGAGUGUGUGAUCUGCAUGCUGGAUUUUGUAUACGGAGACCCCAUCCGGUUCUUGCCCUGCCUGCACAUCUACCACGUUCACUGCAUUGACGACUGGCUGAUGCGAUCAUUCACCUGCCCUUCUUGCAUGGAGCCAGUUGACGCUGCUCUUCUGUCCUCCUAUGAGACUAACUGAGGUGGCUCGGUGCCCUGCUCUUGUUAAUGCUUCCAGGCCCUGGCUGUGUGGGGGGCUGGGAUGUGGCACACCCUUUUAUUUGCACACUUCUGGGAUACACCAAAGAUCCUAUGGCAGAGAAUCUGAUCCCAGGCCUUGAGGACAACACAGAACCAUUCUAGCUUGGCUGGCUGUGCUAAAGGCUGACUUGUGCCAUAUUUGAGAAUUGUAACCAGAGUAGGUGGAGAUUGGGGGCGAAAUGGCAAAGCAAGAAUUGUCCUUUCACUCCACCCACAAAUGCUGUUUUUUCUUUUUCUUUUUAAGAAGAUCAAGAUUAUUCCUUAGGACUAUUCUUACCCGCAUACCUGUUUAAAUCCCCACUGAGUUACCAAGUACAGGUCUGGGGUGUUACAUGGGAGGGGACUGCAACUCUUUGACCAAAGAGAGAGUUGUUUAAUGCUGACACUGGUUGCAAAGAUCUUGUAAUUUCAAAUCCAGAAAGGAGUUUUAGCAUUGUCACAUCAACUCUGGUUGGUUUGUGGCAUAAUCUGGAGUUUUGAGAAGUGUUUUUUUAUUUUUUUAAAAAGCAUUUCUCCGUUAUCCCACAAAUGCUUCUUUUAACUAGGUGGGAAACUGGCGUCUUUAAAGCUUGGCCACUAUUGAAAUCUUACCCAGUAGCACUUGUGCUACAAUGCACAAAGCAAGUCUAAGGGGUUUGUCUCAGUUCUCUGUGGAGGCAAUUUGGAGCAGUGACCUUGGCGGGGAGACUUAAGCUUGAUUUCUGUAGCUGUUGGAGUCAGAGUGCUUCUGUUUAAAGGUUCAUGUUUCAACUAAGAGUGAAAGAUACAUACUUUUCACUUGCUCUCUUCUGCUUUUUAAGAUUUUAAGAUACUUUUAAGGUGAAGGAGACAGAAGAGUUAUUUGUUAAAUAACAGCUUUUUAGUAAGUUAGUGAUGAAGUACAAAAGCCUCCUCUACGGAUGGUGGGUUAAGGCAUUCAAGUGCACUAUUGUAAAGGGUAAAGAAAGAUUGUUUGCCCAAUGUUUACUCUGUUUGCCUUACACAAAAUGAACUCUUGUCCCAUAAGAACCUGCUAGCAAUUAAUGCCAUGCAGCAAGCUCACUAUUUGGAAAGGCUUCCCUUAGUCAUGCUCUGUUUAUUGCCUUGCAAGUGGAGAGGCGUGAAAGUGCUUUUCUGAUUAUGCAUUGUCCUUAACAAGGAUCUAGCACUUGAAAGUAAAACUGAUGUGUGUUGCAUUCAAAUGGAAAUAAAAUAGAUUGCAUAUAA